GCCGCUACGGCAGUGGCCACUACUCUGCGUGCUCCAAGUGCAGCCACUGGGAGUACGAUCACUUCGGGAACACGGAAUGCAGCAAGUGUGGGGGAGCGUAUGUCGACGAUGGCGCUGUCAAGCAUCCUCCUGUGCCUGCUGCUGCUCAAGUGGAUUUCGCUGCUGACAUCAACGCGUUGGCGGCCAAGUACCCCGCCUACGCGGCUGCGCUUGGACAGCUCCAAGCAGUCGCUCCGCCGCCGCCCCCUGAGGCGUUCGUCCCUGCCACGGACAACGACAUCGAGAAGCAGGUCGCCGCCAAGCGCACCAUGCUCUCGAAGGCGGUGGAGAUGGCCAGUCGCAAGGAAAGGGUAUUGCAAGCAGAUGUGGAACAACGUCGCCAGGCUGUGGUGCGAGCUCGGGACGUUUUGUUCAAUGCGGAGUCGAAGCACGCGGAGAAGGAGACGGAGCUGCAGCGGCAGCAGCGGCGCAGCAAGCAGCCGCAGAGCAUGCCCGUGCAGUCGCUCGGGCAGCCAUGGGCGUGGGCAAUGAUGCAGAGGCUGGAGGAGUUCAACACGGUGCUGCAGGUGGCCAUCCUGGUGUUCAGGGUGUUCCAGGCGCAGGCGCUUUUCCUGCGGCAGCUGGUCCUCACGGUGUACCUCCCCAAGCUCCAGGACCAUUUGCACGAACUCUCGGAAGCUGAGCUGCAGCGUUUCCACCAGCGGUCGCACCUCUCACCCGAUCAGUGGAUCGAGAUGCGCAAGGUGGCCAUCCAGCAGCGCAGCGCCGAGGUUGAUUUCGACAUGUGUGACGAGGCGCAGAGUGAGGCCGGCACUGAGGAUCCUGUUUCUCCUGUUUUCAAUGAGCUGGCAGCCCUGCGCAAGCGUGCAGCUGAGCAUGGACCCACUCCUGAGGCCUCUGAACGCUACGGAGUCCUGCUCAGCAAGGCCGCCCGCGUCAGGGCAGGCAAGCGCGCCAA